AUGGGUAUCUCUGCUUUCAUCCAGGCUCUCACAGGCUUCGGCUUCGCCAUCGUCAGCGUCGCCGCGCUCACCCAAGUGCCCUGGAUCGCCCAUUCCAGCGUGUUCAACGCCGUCCAGCCCGUCGCCGCUACGCUAGGCGCCCUCACGGGAUGGAUUCUCAUCCUGCCGGAGUUCAAGCGCGUCGACUGGAAGGCUGUCUCCGUCUUGCUUGCCGCGAGUACCAUGACCACGCCAGUAGGGGCGGUCAUGCUCGAAUAUUUCAACCCGGAGGUUGUUAUCAGGGGUUUGGGCGCCCUUAUUUCAGGGUUCGUGCUUUACUCCGCACUAGGCGUGCCCGUGCCAAAGAAGCUGGGCAGCGUCCCUGGCGCGUGGGGGCUCGGCUUUUUGGCGGGCGCGCUCGGGGGAGCCUUUGAUAUCACGGGGCCGCCUUUGGUCGUGCAUGGCGAGGCCGCGGGGUGGGAAACAUCGAACGGCGACUUCAGGAGGAAUGUGCUCGCCGUCGUCACCAUUAAUAGCUCCUUGGUCGUGUUAUGGGACUUCUUCGCCGGCCGUUUGAACGACUACUACUAUAUGGACUUUGUGAGAUGGGCCGCGCCUACGACGCUAGUGGGAAUUGCGUUAGGGAAAUUGUUGGCCGAUCGCCUGGACCCCAGCGCGUUUAAGAAGAUCGUGUUGGGCACUUGUAUGGUCAUGGGCGUCAAAUUGUUGUUCACGUAA